GGGCUUGUAAUCAGAUUUCUACCUCUUGAGGGUCUAGAUUGAUGAGGGCCCCGGGGUGGUAUUGGGCACCCCUCAAAUUAGGGGCAAAGUGGGGGAACACCCACCCACUUACUACCAUGGCAAUAAGAAGGGGGCUGGCACCCCUGGGACCCGAGGCCCUAAAGAAGACUGAGGGGUUCGUGAUUCCUGGGGGGACGCCUCAGAUCGGAGCCUGAAACGAUAGCGUCGAGGCAAAUGAGCAACGACAUGGGCGGGUUCUGGUCCUAGCUCCAUCCCAAAUGGCAGUGAGAGGUCAGGAAGCCCCAGCCUCUCUCUGGGUCCCCAGAUCCUCACUCAUCUCCCUGGGCUUCAAGGGGCCAUCCGUGGUCCAAGGCCUCAUACCCCCGGUCUGCCGCAGAAUGGGCCUUUCCGCCGCAGCCCGGCUGUGGGGGCCCCCAGGGCUGCUCCUGACCAUCGCCCUGCACCUGGCUCUCAUCCUGCGCCCUUCCAAGGCCUCAGCGCUCCAGCACCGGGACUACUGCGUCCUGGGCGCGGGGCCCGCGGGCCUGCAGAUGGCCUACUUCCUGCACCAGGCAGGGAGGGACUAUGUGGUGUUCGAACGCGCCCCGGGGCCCGGCAGCUUCUUCACGCGCUACCCCCGGCACCGCAAGCUCCUCAGCAUCAACAAACGGUACACGGGCAAGGUCAACGCCGAGUUCAACCUCCGCCACGACUGGAACUCGCUGCUCAGUCACGACCCCCAGCUGCUCUUCAGACACUACUCGCUCGCCUACUUCCCCGAUGCCGGCGACAUGGUGCGCUACCUUGGUGACUUCGCAGACAAGCUGGGACUCCACGUGCUGUACAACACAGCCAUUACCCACGUCACUCUGCACAAGGAUCAACAGGCCUGGAAUGGCCAUUACUUCUUACUGACCGACCAGACGGGCCAGGCGUGCCAGUGCAGCGUCCUUUUUGUAGCCACCGGUUUGUCAGUCCCCAACGAGGUUGACUUCCCUGGCUCCGAAUAUGUGGAGGGUUACGAAUCCGUGUCUGUGGACCCCAAGGACUUUGUGGGUCAGAAUGUACUGAUCCUGGGCCGUGGGAACUCGGCCUUUGAGACAGCAGAGAACAUCUUGAGUGUCACCAACUUUAUCCACAUGCUGAGCCGCUCCCGGGUCCGGCUCUCCUGGGCUACCCACUACGUUGGAGACCUCAGGGCCAUCAACAACGGCCUACUGGACACCUACCAGCUGAAGUCCCUGGACGGGUUGCUUGAGUCUGACCUCACGGAUCUGGCCAUUGUGAAGGACCAUGAGGGUAAGUUCCACGUCACCCUGAAGUUCUUCCUGGAGGAAAACAACCAGAGUGCAGAGGCCAUCCCCCUCCCCCAGGACGACAAUGACAACUUUGCCAUGCGCGUGGCCUACGACCGGGUCAUCCGCUGCCUGGGCUGGAACUUCAACUUCUCCAUUUUCAACAAGUCUCUCAGACUCUCUCCAGGGGGUGAGUUCAGGAAGAAGUACCCGCUGGUCAGAGCUAGCUAUGAGUCCAGGGGAAGCCGGGGUCUCUUUGUCCUGGGUACCGCCAGCCACUCUGUGGAUUACCGGAAAUCUGCCGGGGGCUUCAUCCAUGGAUUCCGAUACACAGUGCGUGCUGUCCACCGGCUACUGGAACAUCGCCACCACGGCAUCACCUGGCCCUCCACUGAACACUCCAUCACACAGCUGACCAGCGCCAUCCUCCGGCGUGUGAAUGAGGCUUCUGGGCUCUACCAGAUGUUCAGUGUGCUGGCUGAUGUCGUCCUGUUGAAGGAGAACGCCACAGCAUUUGAGUACCUGGAGGAGUUCCCCAUGCAGAUGCUGGCCCAGCUGGAGGCAAUCACAGGAAGGCAGGCCAGACACGGGCUCUUCGUCAUCAACAUGGAGUAUGGCAGAAAUUUCUCUGGACCCGACAAGGACGUCUUCUUUUAUGACCGGUCUGUGGGGCACAUGGAAGACGCCUGGCAGUCUAACUUCCUCCAUCCUGUCAUCUACUACUAUAGAUACCUUCCCACUGAGCAGGAGGUGACGUUCCGCCCUGCAGACUGGCCCCUGCCUCGGCCCACAGCCAUCCACCACAUUGUGGAAGAUUUCUUGACAGACUGGACCGCCCCAGUGGGGCACAUUCUACCUCUGAGGCGCUUCCUGGAGAACUGUCUGGACACGGACUUGCGAAGCUUCUAUGCAGAGUCCUGCUUCCUGUUUGCCCUAACACGCCGGAAGCUGCCACCCUUUUGCCAGCAGGGGUACCUGAGAAUGCAGGGGCUUGUGGGAACUGAGAGCCUCCGGCGGCAUGGAGUAGAGAGUGGGCUGCUGAGGAACUAUGCCCCUGUGGGUAGCCGCCGGGAGGACAGCAGCCAGCAGCCUGGCAGCCAUGAGCCAGCAGGUCACCCCUUGGCUCCAGGGCCUCAGGUCCAACCUCUCAACAGCAAUAAGGAGGAACUGUGACAGCCAGGCUUCUCCCACCUCGGCCCACAGGUGGCUUCCUCUCCAAAACCCCAUGCUCCCACCGAAGCGUGAUUGCCAGAGACAACUCAGAUCAUCCCAGUGUCCACACCAAAGCCACACGGAAGGCACAAGGAGGCUGAAGGGUGGCCGUGCAGUGGUCCCCCUCCUGUUUGGUCCGUGAGUGCCUAGGAGGUGGCGUCUGGAGAAGGGCAUCUGCCAGAUGGGAGCCGCCUUCCACAGGGGACUUGUCUCCAGGUGAACUGUCAUUAAGCACCAGUUUCGGUUCCGUGCCCAUCAAGUUACCCGCAGUUCCUGCUCCUGGUCUGGGUGGGCCAGACCCCACCUCCCCGUGGAGGCUUCACAGGUGAAUCCUAUCCUCAUCUUCAUAAGUGUUUGUGCCAGGCACUUUAAAACAAAAGCUCGGAUAUCCUCAGCCAUACGGGGCAGGUGAGAUUGUUGCCCACCAUGGAGACACCAGCUCAGGGAAGGUAGGUGAUGUGCAGACAGUCCCUUUCUGGGGGACCCUCAAGCCUGUUCCACUCUGCCCACCCCACACAGCUGCUCCCACCACCCCCACCUCUGUUCACAACCCAGCGGGGCCAGCACAGCUUAUUGUCACAGACCAGAGGGCGGUCAUCAGGCAGUGAUAGGACAGCUCCCUGCAAAGCCAUCGUACCUAAGCAGGUUUCUUCCUGAGCAGCAGUAGGCAGAGCCGUGCUCCCCCGAAGAGUGCACUCCCCAGCUUACCUUCAGCCCCCGUUUUCUUGUCUUCCCUCUGCUCAGUACCCUUCUCUGCCCUCCGGCACCCUGAAUGCCUGGCCUCUGGCCUGCCUGAUUACAUUUUGUAAAACUGCCACCAUGCUGUCUUUCUGUGGGAGCUGUUUCAGAAGUGGUUCCCCUGCUGUUUGUACAAAGCCCUGUUCAGGGAGACAUUUAUAAAUGCAUUUGUUUGAUAAC